AAGGGCCCCAUCUUUACGUCCUGUCACCCCAAUAGUGUAGGAUAAUCCCCCCACCUUGAACUCGUCAGAUUAACCAACUCAAGUCCUCCUUAGCAGGUAACACACGCGCUCCAGGGGUUAGGACAAGGACAGUACCUACCCAACAGCCCAGGGGCCCACAGCCCAGCAGUGGUGGCCCCAAGGCCCAGGCGCCUCCUCAGUCCCUGCAGGGUGGGGCAGAGUCUGCUGCUCUGGGCUGAGCCCUGGUUGCUGGGGCCCUGGGGUGCUGGGGCCUCUGGGUUAUCUCCUUGCUGCAGGUACCUCCCAGGGAGCAUCCUGGGAGACCCAGAGUAGAGGCCCCGGACCAAGGGAGCUUUUUGGAGCCUGGGCAGAGGGCCCGGCACAUACAGAGGCAUGAGGCUGCUGCUGCUGUGCUGCUUGGCUGUACUGGCCACCAGCAGCUUCUCCAUGGAGCAGGAGAGAGAACUCACCCCUGAGAUCUUCAUCGCCUACCAGGUCCUGGAGGUCUUCCCCCGGGGCCGCCAAGUUGCCAUAACCUGCCACUCACCCCAGGUGCCCCCGCCUGUCACCUACUCCCUCUGGGGGAGCCAGAACAUUGAAGUGGCCAAGAAGGUGAUGAGGACCCAAGACCCGGCCUCUUUCAGCAUCAAUGUCACACUCAAGUCCCGGCCAGACCUGCUCACCUACACCUGCCAGGCGGUCACCACCUCGGGUCUGCGAUUAACCAGCGCCGUGCUGCAGAUGUACUGGGAGCUGUGGACCAAGCCCGUGUCCCAGCUGCAAGCUAACUUCACCCUGCUGGACAGGUCGUCAGGCCCGAGGGUAGAGAUAUCCUGCCAGGCAUCCUCGGGCAGCCCACCCAUCACCUACACACUGGUCGGAAAGGACGGGCGUAUCUACAUGCAGCAGACACCACACCAUGGGCAGCCCGCCAACUUUUCCUUCCCACUGACCCAGACGUUAGACUGGUUCCAGUGCAAGGCGGAGAAUGCCAUCAGCGCCCAGAGCAGCCCCCUUACACUGGUGCCCCCAGGACAGCUGCCCAAGGAAGCCACCAUCGUGCUGGCUGCCAGCCUCACCUCCAUCGCGGCCAUCACCUCCGGGAUGCUGAGCUGGACCGCAUGGAGGAGGUAG